GCUCAUCUCUCUGCCAUCUUUUCCGCGUCUCUUGCCGUUCCCUCCUCCCCCACUGCCCGGCCAUGCCUCGCUCUCCCAUCGCGAUGGACGACAUGACAGGCGAGCAGCUCGCGCUCCCCACCUCGUCCCGCGUCCGUGCAUAUACGCGACACGGCCCCGUCGUCGGCGGACGUGUGCGGAACGGCGUCCAAGUGUUCCUCAACGUACCCUACGCCCUCCCCGUUCCGCGAUGGACACCCCCGGCGCCUCUCCCCGAGUCCUAUCGCUACCCCGACAAGGAGUACACUUCCGACGGGCUGUACUGCGCCCAGCCAAGCCGCGCCUACACAGCACACAUUCCUGCGCGGCAGCGCCUCGGGCUCGGCAAGCCUACGGAAGAUCCGUUCUUCGCGGACAUCUACACCCCGUCGGACGUUGCGUUUGAGGACGCCGGCUCCCCAGCGUCAGGAGGGCAGAGGAGGCCCAAGGGCGGGCUGCGCCCCGUCCGCGUGUUCGUGCACGGCGGGUUUCUUCAAUUCGGGAGCACGAGCGGGGCGACGUACAACCAGCAGUUCUUUGCCGCUGAACAUUUCGGCGAGGUGCGCGUGCUGCUUGGCCACCGCAUCUCGGCCCUCGGGUUCCUGGCCGCGCCCGAGCUGCAGGGCAACUGGGGCUUCAUGGACGUCUGGGCCGGCCUCGAGUGGGUGCAAGCGAACAUCUCUGCUUUUGGCGGCGACCCGGCGCAGGUGCAUCUCUCCGGCCUCAGCGGCGGCGCACACAUCGUGCACCAGCUGCUGCACCGCGCGGCGCGCGGUGGGCGUGCCCCCUUCGUCACCGCGACGCUGCAGAGCAACGCGAUCCUCACGGACCCGCUGAGCCGGCACGAGCGCGCGGCACAGUUCGCGCACCUGUGCGCCGCGCUCGGCGUCGACAGCGCCGACGAAACGCGGGCCGUAGACGCGCUGCGCGACCGCGCGCGCUUCCCCAGCGCCGCGCUCAUCGCCGCCGUCGAAGGCAUGGGGGUGAACAGCACGUUCCGCGGCGUCGCGGACGCGCUGCACGGCCGCGACCAGAUGGCGUUUCAAGCGUCGGGGGCACUCGCGCGCGGCCUCGCCGCCGCGGGCGUGCGCGCCGUCGUGCUCGGCGACGUCAGGGACGAAGCCUUCUUCUACGCUCAGUGCCACCCGUGCGCUACGCCCGCCGAUCUCCUGCCCAACGUCGCGCGCUACUACCCCCUUCCGACGGCCGCCGCACUCCUCGCGGCUUACCCCUCGCUGGACGAUACGUCUGAGGCGGCAUGCCAGGCGCGCCUCGGGCGCGUCCUCGCCGACGGGCAGGUGCACCUUCCAGUGCGCCUGCUGGCGCGCGACUUGGCUGCCGCGGGCCUCCCCGUCGUUAGGUACACCAUUGAGAUGGUUGUCGCGGCGCUCAGCACAGGAGGGAACGUCACGCACGGCAGCGAUAUGCCGAUCCAGCACUUGAGGUUGUCCGCCAUGAGCGAAGACGAGGCGCGGUUAGCGUUGGAGUGGCACGCGGCCGUCCGCGCAGCAGUGCAGCCCGCUCUGAACGGGGACGGGAGCGGCUUUGUCCAGCAUCCAGAAGAUCAGGUGCUUGCUAUGGAUGAGGCGGGGACGAGCUGGCGCCACGACUGGCGGUGGGAGACGCUGCGUGCGGUCGAGGCCGUGGUGCGACCGCCUCCGCGGACUCUCGCGCACAUGUAAAGGAGAGAGUGAAUCUAGAAAUCACCAUCACAUCGGAGAUGUAAUGCAUAUAUUAC